AUGAACGACAAUGUCAACUCGCAGCUCAGCUUAACGUUCCCGUGUGUUCCGGUGAUGGAACGGGACGGUUCGCGAGGACACCACAGCCACCGCUGUAUUGGCGCUGCGUAUCGAUCCUGUUCGGUGACGAAGAUAAAUAUUGGAGCCAAACUGGAGCCAACGCAAGUGACCGUUCAUCCACCGCCGGAGGAGGGCCCGGUGCCGGCGUGUGGCCGGUCUUUGGAUGAGACACGCCUAAGAGGAGGCGGACGUGGUGAUGGUGGCAAGGCGAAGGGCAGGGGAGGCCGCGUACGGCCGGAAAAGGCGCGACUGAAAGAAGGGCGGCCACUCGACGGGGACCGGCUGACGGUGGUGGGGACCGGUCCGGUGGGGACCGGCGGUGAGCUGUCCCGGACGCGGGACCUGUCGGUGAAGUCGUCCCCAUCGAUCGCCACGUCCACCUCUCGCCAGUCGACCACCUGCUCCGAUGUGCCGUUCGAGCGGGAGGUCACCAUGUACGGCUGCUUCAAGUUCAAUCCCAACUCCAGGAAUGCGAGACGGCUGUUCAUGGUGCACAUGUUGAUAGUGUUGCUCAUACCCAUAGCGUCUGUGGUUGUACAAAACGUGCUGCUGCUGCAGCAACACGUGCAAUCGUACAGUGAAACACGAGCUGCUGACGAAGAAAUGCGGCUAACGAUCAGCAUCACGAAACUGCUCAAUGUCAUCCAAACUGAGCGCAUGAGCUAUGUGUACUUCCUGUUGACGGGCGAGAAUCGAUCACACGUCGAACAGUCCGUUCGAAACACCGAGUUCGAGCUGGGCCACCUGAGCGAGGAUCUCAACUAUCUUCUACUGUCGGGUACCACAAACCAUACCCUAAUUGCAACCCUGAGCAAAGCAAGGGAACUUAUGCUUGGGGUGAGCGAUUCCGAAAACCAAACGUUCACUGGCCUGCAGUACUUCGAGCCGUACAACACGCUCAACCAGUACGUCAUCAGCCAGAUCGUGCGCAGUGCCGGUAAGUCGAUAAGCUCUAAGGUGUGGCGACAGUUUGUGGUGUACAAGAACCUGAUCGAAGCCAUCGAAAGCCUGAAUAUUGUGGCCAUUCUGGUGCUUCAGUUCAUCCAGAACGGUUACCUGAACUUGGCCGACUACGCCCAAUUCGUGCGCCGGGACGCGGCCGCACUGGACUACAUUGCGUCGGCCCAAAACUAUAUGGUCUCGCUCAACAUCAUGUCUAGCGCCGAAUUUAAGGUGAUGCAGUACUGGCGCAGCCAGUUGCUGAUCAAUACAUCGACCGCGGACCGGAAGGAGGCGCUCGUGGAGUACUAUCACUCGGCGAGUACAAUCUUGUCUAACUUGCAAGCGCAGCAGAACCAGAUCCAGACCAGCGUGAAGGACACAAUCGUCGACGAGAUCCACAGCGCCAGGCGCUACCAAACCAUCUCGAUCACGCUGGUGGUGAUGAUAUUUGUGAUCAGCCCGAUACUGAUCCUGAUGAUACGGGUGGCCACCAAUACGAUACAGAACUUUUCCACCAAACUGAUGGCCCGGACGAUGGAGCUGCGCAUGGAGAAGGGCAAAUCGGACCGCUUGCUCUACCAAAUGUUGCCGCCGGCGGUGGUGAAGCAACUGAAGCAGCAGCGCCAAGUGCCGGCAGAAACGUUCGACGCCGUCACCAUUUUCUUCAGCGACAUCGUGGGCUUCACGGACAUAUCGGCCAACAGUAGCGCGAUGGAGGUGGUUAUCAUGCUCAACACGCUCUAUCGGCUUUUUGACUCGAUCAUACUGAAGUAUGACGUGUACAAGGUAGAGACGAUCGGUGACGCGUACAUGGUCGUGUCAGGCUUGCCGCAGCGCAAUGGUAACCGACACGCGGGGGAAAUAGCGAUGAUGUCGCUGGAUCUGGUGUUCGGAAUUUCCGGCUUCAACAUACCGCACAUGACGAACCGGACACUGGAAAUCCGAGUCGGCAUCAACACGGGACCGUGUGUGGCGGGGGUGGUCGGAACGACGAUGCCGAGGUACUGCCUGUUCGGGGACACAAUCAAUACAGCUUCGCGGAUGGAGUCUACUGGCGAGCCCAUGAAGAUUCACAUUUCGGACACCACCAAGGAAACCCUCGAGAAGCUGGGCGGUUUCCAGAUCCAAAAACGGGGCACGGUGGAGGUCAAGGGGAAAGGAACGAUGGAAACGUUUUGGUUGACGGGGCACUCCCUAUACGAACACCUCACACCGGACAUGCUGGUAUCAAUGUAUAAGCAAAACGUGGUGACAGAGCCCGACUUCUUGCACAUUAUAUAA